AAUGCAGACUGUACGCGACCCUUACCCUGCCGAGAGCUUGAUUCAAAGCGCCGAGUCAUAACCUGAGUGGAGUUGCAAAUGCGUGAGUUGCUAUGGCACCGUUCGGAAAGAAGUUUCUGAAAGCGCGCUUGAAAAACAGGGCCGAGGGCAAGGAUGGCGAGGCGGGGCGGGAGAUCCAGGUGUGGGUGCAGCGGGAGGAGAAGACCGUGUGCGGCCUCACCAAGCACAGCACGUGUGCGGACGUGGUCCAGGCCCUGCUGGAGGACCAGGGCGCGUGCGCGGAGCCCGAGAGGGGCGCGGCCGCGGACCACUGCCUCCUGGAGCGGUGGAAGGGCUUCGAGCGGCCCCUGCCCCCGCUCACCCGGAUCCUGCGCCUGUGGGCGGCGUGGGGCGACGAGCAGCCCUUCGUGCAGUUCGCCCUGGUGAGGGCGUGCGACCGCGCCCCGCGCCCCGGAGACCCCGCGGCGGGGCGGGAGGCCGGGGAGCGGGCCCCGGCGGAGUACGCGCGGGCCCUCCCGGUGGACCGGCAGAGGAGGAUGGUGAGGAAGGCCUUCAGGAAGCUGGAGAGGAUCCGCGAGCGGGAGAGAGCGCCCCCCGCUGGGGACGGGCGGGUCAGCGGGCUGGUGCAGGUGAUCAUCUCCCAGGACCGGGCUCUGAGGGAGCAGGCCCUGCGGAUGCGCGAGCUGGACCUGGAGAUCGAGCGGGCGGAGCGGGGGCUGGGGCCGGCCCCGGACGCCUCUCCCGGGAACUGCGAGCCUCGCCCCGCGGACGAGCUGGAGCAGCUGGACGCACAGCUGGAGCGGCACCGGGACCUGGUGGAGCGGCUGUCCCGCGACAUCGACGCGGAGCUGUGGGGCGCGUGGCGGGCGGGCGGGGGAGGGGAGGAGCCGCCGGGGCCGGGCGGGGGGCCCCGGGCCUCCGCGGACGCGGCGGAGACGGAGCGGGUCAGGAGGGAGCUGGAGCAGAGCAUGUUCUGCGGGCUGGCCCUGCACGCCCAGCUGGCCGAGCUGGAGCGGGAGCUGGAGCUGAGCGGGGCCGUGCUGGGCUCCCAGGGCCAGGAGUGCGAGGGCCUGGCCGCGCAGCUGAGCGCGCUGUGCCUGACCGACCCGGCCGACGGCGCCGGCACCCCCUGCUGGACGGAGUCUGCGGCGGGCCGGACGGAGCUCCAGAAGGCCCUCUCUCAGGGCGACGGGGCCGACACCGAUUCGGACACGGGGAUCAGCUCCACCCACAGCCAGGACUCCCUGUCCCCCUGCGGGGACGUACGCCCCCCCCUGGAGACCCAGGUCUAAUCGCCCUCACGGACAACGUCUGAUGAAUACGCUUACCUUUCUUUCCACAGGUGGAAACGAUAAAUACGUUUCACCGCAAUUUAUUUUACGUACGUACAUUUUACGUACGUAUAAUACGUACAUUGCGUGAUCUGAAAAGUGUACAUUUGCCCAUGAAGUGCUGCAGUAUGUUGAUUAUUGGAGUGUAGUUUCAGUAUAUUCCGUUCCAAUUGGGCCACCGUGUCAAUCAAAGCAAGCUAUCGUUAUUAUCAUUAUUAUUAUUUGUAUCGUUUUAAAAUGAACCCAAAAGCUAAACGAAUCGCUCAGUAUUUGGAUGGCUGCCUCUCUCCAGGUUCUGGCUGUUACUAAGACCCAAAGGGUCAGUCAGUAAAGGGUCACCGUUACACCGUUUCAACACUAGGGGCCAAGGGCAGGAUUCGCAAUCUGUGAUUGUGCUUGUUUUGAUUUUCGAAGGUGUAUAUUUCACUGUACAGUUGUUGCUUACAUUAUUUUUUUUACAUUAUUCCUAACCAAAAUACUUCAUGCCAUUUUAAUUUUGAUUCUUAACGCCACUGUACAUUUUUGUUUCCAUUCUUCCUUACGAUUUAAAUUUAAACUUACAUUUCAAUGUAAAACAACUAGCACUUAAAAUAGUCCGCUUAUUUUUUUACAAGAUGUGCAUAAUUGUUUAAAUUUGAAGUUGAAGUUGUUUUAUAUUAAAACAUGCUCAAUAUCUAUAAGAUGUGUUUAUCUCAGAUGUGCCUUGAUUUACGAUUUAUUCAUAAAUUGUAAUGGUUGCUUAUUUUAAAACCGGUAUGUCAUUUCAUUGGAAUUCCCAUCUCACAUGAUACCAAGAUCAAAAUAACAAAACUGAAACAAUUUAAGCAGCAAUGAUACAUAAAAACCCCAUCGGAACAGAAAUUAAUAUUUGUGCUGUUGGGUCAUGAACCUGGCACCGCUCAUGCCAAUAAACUGGGCUGCCGAGUCGAAAAACAAAACACUCAAAGCUCCUGCUGUGCCUUCCGACGCCGUGUUUGUUUUUGAUAUGGAAGUCCGGGAGUGUAUUUGAAAAUAAAUUAUAAUUCCCAAUGAGGGAGC